AUGACGUUGGAUGGGUGGUGGCGGGGACGGGCAGUGGGAAGGAGACAGGAAAGAGAUGAUGACGUUGAGCAAAAGGCGAUUGGGAGUAAGAAGAAAAGGAUUGUCGGUGGCAGGCGGGCACCGGCACGAACAACGAGGGCGAAUCGAGGUGUCGGUGGCACGGGGCGUCAGGAGGAGGCGGCGGAGAAGAAGAAGGACGACGAGGGUGAGGAGGGUGAGGAGGGCGACGAGGGUGAGGAGAGGCGGCAGGCUUGCGCGAGCAGGCACAAGUCCGCACAGUCCUCUGGGGGAGACGGGACUGGGAGCACGAGGGCGAAUGGCGAUCAGAGAAGGGCUUGCAACCCCAUCUGUGCCUGGCCAAUUUGUUUCGACGUCUGCUCGUCUCGUCUGCUCGUCGCUCGUCCUGUCGACGCCCGCGGGCUUAUGCAGGCCCUCCUCGCACUAGCGCGCGCACGGGCGUCCCUGCAUGCAGGCCCCAGCAACGGCCAGGCCGAGCCACCAGUCACGGUGCGCGCCGCCGCUGCUGAUGCUGCUGCACCAGCCCCGCCGCCGCCCAAGAUGGCGCCCGUACAUAUCGACAUGGCUGGCACAUACUAUGUGGCUCCAAGCCGAGCCACAGGCGCGUGCAGUGCGCGGUCCGAGCAUGCCACGCCCACCACACUGCCCGACUACCCCCGACUACCACCCGCCGCGAUGCCGUUAAGUUUCAGCCCGCCAGCAGAGCUACAGUCUAGAGACGACGACCGAAUCUUGUCUCCACACCACAGCGGCGGCGGCGACGGCGGGGCGGAGGGGGGUUCGCUUGUCGGAAAAAGGAGGCAUGUAUACGGCGGUGCGAAUGCGCAAAGCAGCGGCAUGGGUGCUCAGCCUCAUCCUGUGCCUGUGCCUGUACCCUCGAGCACACGCCUGCACCUGCAGGUCAAGCUGCAAAGGAGUGCCAGUCUUCUGCUUUGA